AUGGCAAAGUGGACUUAUCUUGCUUCGAUGGAGCUUUUUUCCACCCAUGACAGAUUCAUCCCUAAUUACAAGUGUGAUGACCUGGACAACACAGUUUCUGUUAUCGUGGGUCCCAACCCCCAGUUCUGUCAGUACGUGGACAACAUUUUGAACCUUUACAAAGUCCCACAGCUCAUAUAUGGAUCUGCCCCUGUGAUGACUAACAAUGCCCAAGCUGCUUCACUCCACCGGAUGUUCCCAAAUGAGUACCAUCAGAAUGAGGGCAUUCUGCAUUUGCUCUUGAAUUUCAAGUGGACUUGGGUUGGAGUGCUUUAUAUAGGCAAUGACAGUGGUGAAAAAUUUGUACAUGACAUACUUCCCAUGUUCCAUCAGAACGGUAUCUGCUUUGAUUUUAUAAAAGAAUUACCCCGAGAGUCUUUUUCCACUAAUAUUGAUAAUUUAGUGUUCAAGUAUUAUGAAAUGCAUGGGAUUAUUGCAAGAAGUACCGCCAAGGUUGUCAUCUUAUAUGGUGAGAAUCAAUGCAUAGUGGCUUUGAGAAUGGUCUACCAUGGUGCAGAAUUUGAGGAGAUGCCAUCCAAGAGCCAUGUCUGGAUCAUGACAGCCCAGAUGGAAUUUACAUCGAUUCCUUUUCAAAGGAAUUGUAUCAUGCACUUCCUCCAUGGUACAAUGUCUUUUGCAGUUUCUUCAGAGAAGGUCCCAGGAUUCCAGCAAUUCCUUCAGACCAUGAACCCUGCUUCAGAAAAUCAGGAGAGCUUGAUGAGGAUCUUUUGGGAACUGGUGUUUCAAUGCUCUUUCCCAAGCACUGACUCAAAUGAGGACACUGGAAACAUCUGUAGUGGAGGGGAGAAAUUAGAAACUCUUCCUGGGUCUUUGUUCGAAAUGACCAUGACUGCUCAGAGCUACAGUGUCUACAAUGCUGUCUAUGCUGUGGCCCAUGCUUUGCAAGCUAUGCACUCAUACAAAGUUAAACACAGUGGAAUGCAAGAUGGGAGGGGACAGAUGCAGCAGCAGCUGUGGCAGGUGCAGCCUAUUUCCAUGUGUAAUGAAAAGUGUCAAGAAGGAUAUAGUAAGAUUAAGGUGGAAGGGAUGCCAUUCUGUUGCUAUAAUUGCCUUCCAUGCCCAGAAGGAAAGAUUUCAAAUCAGCAAGAUAUGGAUGACUGUAUUGAAUGCCAGGAAGAUCAAUAUUCAAACAAUGCCAAGGAUUUCUGCAUUCAGAAAAACAGAAGCUUCUUGAGUUAUGAAGAACCUCUGGGGAUUGCUUUGACCACUCUUGCAGUCUCCUUCUCUUUCAUGACCAUCUUGGUGCUUGCAGUCUUUCUUAAAUAUUCAGAUACUCCCAUCGUGAAAGCCAACAAUCGCAGACUCAGCUAUACUCUACUCAUUGCCCUCCUCCUCUCCUUCCUUUCCACUUUCCUUUUCAUGGGUGAACCUCAGAAGGUGACCUGUCUGCUCCGACAGACUGUUUUUGGGGUCAUCUUCUCGGUGGCUGUUUCUUGCAUUUUGGCCAAAACCACCAUUGUGGUUCUAGCUUUCCUGGCCACCCAACCAGGGUCUAGGAUGAGGAAAUGGAUAGGGAGAAGACUGGCCAGCUCCAUUGUCAUUUCCUCUUCCUUUAUUCAAACCAUUCUUUGUACGGUGUGGCUGGCAAUCUCUCCCCCAUUCCCAGAUUUUGACAAACACUCCGUGAUUAAAGAAAUUGUGCUGGAAUGUAAUGAAGGUUCAACCGUUCUGUUUUACUGUGUCCUGGGCUUUAUGGGGAUGCUAGCCCUCAUCAGCUUCACCGUGGCCUUCUUUGCCAGGAAGUUACCAGACAGUUUCAACGAAGCAAAAUUUAUCACCUUCAGCAUGCUGCUCUUCUGUAGUGUUUGGCUAUGUUUUGUUCCAGCCUAUUUGAGCACCAAGGGAAAAUACACAGUGGCUGUGGAGAUCUUCUCCAUCUUAGCAUCUAGUCUUGGUUUACUGGGUUGCAUUUUUUCUCCAAAAUGUUUCAUUAUUUUGGUGCACCCUGCAUUAAACAAGCAAGGACAGCUGAUAGUACAGAAAAGAAAGUGAGACAUGUCACGUCCCAUUCUAAAGAGUGGGGUUUAGUCAAUUGUGAGUGACUGCUUGCUUGGGUCAAUGGACAAUAAAGAAUUGUUUUAAUUUUAAA